CGGACAACCAAACCUUAAGGCGCGCCCUUCCCCCACCCUCUUUCUAGCUUUCUCCCAGCACGCAGGCGCAGAGAGUGUAUCAAGAUGGCGGCCCCCGUGGAUCUGGAGUUGAAGAAGGCCUUCACAGAGCUUCAAGCCAAAGUUAUUGACACUCAGCAGAAGGUGAAGCUUGCAGACAUACAGAUUGAACAGCUAAACAGAACGAAAAAGCAUGCGCAUCUUACUGAUACAGAGAUUAUGACUUUGGUAGAUGAGACUAACAUGUAUGAAGGUGUAGGAAGAAUGUUUAUUCUUCAGUCCAAGGAGGUAAUUCACAAUCAGCUGUUAGAGAAACAGAAAAUAGCAGAAGAAAAAAUUAAAGAAUUAGAGCAGAAAAAGUCCUACCUGGAGCGGAGUGUUAAGGAAGCUGAGGACAACAUCCGGGAGAUGCUGAUGGCGCGAAGGGCACAGUAGGAGCCUCUAAGGGGAAGCUCUUCUCUUACCUCUCCCCUCCUGGCAAGGGUGGAGGGGCCUUUGCAGGGUAACAGUUUCCCUCUGCUUGGAUGGACAUUUUUAUCUGAAUGGCUUAACAACCCCACAUUUUCUGUAUUGUCUCAAACUCCUUUUAGGUCCCACCCUUUUAACUUUCCCCCGGCUCUGCCUGCUGUCCCUGCCUGGGACACUCUUCUCUCCUGGGAUGAGCCAUGAACUCCCAGAAGAGGAAAAAUGGGAGCCAGGGCAGAUAGGGAAGCACUGCCUGAUCCUGCUACUUGGCAGGCUGGUCAGGCCAAUAAAAGGCUUUUGUUCCA